AAAAAAGUAAAAACUUCAGCAAAUGGAAGACGUAACGCCGCUAUCCUGACUGCGACUGCCAUCUCUAAACUGUUCAACAGCAGGUCGAGCCAAGUGAGGAUGCGAGCCAUGGACAGUGUGUGUAUGGCAUGACGAUAUCACGCCACUGUACAGACAGAGCGCAACCGCAAAUAACACUCACGUGCUUCUCUAGUGUUUUCCUCCAGUUACCAUGAUGGCCUCCGUCAACAACGUACUGUGUAUUCUUGCAUUUAUACUAUCAGCCAAGUUAUCCGAAGCAGCGAAACCCAAGAAUCCAGUUAUUUUAGUGCCAGGAGAUGGGGGAAGUCAAUUGUGGGCAAAACUAAAUAAGAAGAGCUCGCCCCACUACUUCUGUAAAACUUACACCUCAGACUAUUACAACAUCUGGCUCAACAUGGAGGACUUACUCUAUCCAAGUAUACUAUGUUUUGUGGACAAUAUGAGGCUUUAUUACAACAGAACUACACAUACUACUUACAAUACUGAUGGUGUUGACAUUCGUAUUCAGAAUUUUGGUGACUCCCAAACUGUGGAGUGGCUUGAUCCAGAUACAAAAGUACACUAUUCACCAGUGUCUUACUUUUCAAACAUUGCCGAUGCACUUGUAAGCAACAACUUUACACGUGGGAAGGACCUAAAGGGUGCUCCAUUUGACUUCAGAAAAGCACCCAAUGAGCUGGGAGAAUUUUUCCAAAAUCUCACACGACUGAUUGAAAACACUAUUAAAAAUAACAACAGUCAGAUAGUGUUGCUGGGACAUUCAAUGGGUAAUCCAAUGCUGCUAUAUUUCCUCAAUCGCAUGGACCAGGCAUGGAAGGAUAAGUUCAUCAAAGCUUUCGUCUCUUUAGCUGGCGUGUGGGCAGGAGCUGUCAAACCUGUACGUCUCAUGUGCUCAGGUGAUUCUUUGGGUGUGGUCAUCGUCUACCCAUCGUGGGUGCGGGCAGAGCAGCGAUCCAUGCCUAGCACAGCCUGGUUGAUGCCAUCACCUCGUUACUGGGCCAAAGAUGAAGUUCUGGUCAUCACUGACAAGCGUAACUACACAGUAGCAGAUUACAAGGACUUGUUUGCUGAUCUAGAUUACAUGGAUGGCUAUUAUAUGCGUCAAGAUGUAGAAAAUCUUAUCAUGGAUUUGAAGCCACCUGGGGUGGAGAUGCAUUGUCUGCAUGGUUUGGGACUGGACACCCCUGGCAAGCUCAAGUUUGGUCCAGGCCAGUUUCCUGAUACAUUCCCUGAGACCAUUAAUGAUGAUGGUGAUGGAACGGUGAAUAAACGCAGUCUCAUAGCUUGCGCUGACUGGAGUGGCCAACAGAAGCAGCCAGUAAUGCACAAGGUCAUCAUGAACGCAGAGCACAUGGCUAUUCUGAGUAACCCCAUAGCAAUUCAGUAUAUUGUUGACCUCGUUACAGACAGCAGUUAAUAUUGUGCAUUUUCAUGCAAAAAUAUCCUAGUGUUGGGG